GUCGUAGCGGCCUCUGUCCGACUGGAGGUUUCCCGUCCUGAGCUUCUGCACCAGCAUUCCCCCUGAAGACACUGUGAUCUGAACAUGGAGGAACGGAAACAGGAGUUGGAGGCACACACCUUCCCGUCAGCCCCUCCUGACGGCACUGACUCACCUGUGCGCGCGUGUGCGUGUGCGCGUGCGCGUGUGUACCAGCCCCGGAAGCCAAUCAGCGGCCGGCGCGGCAGCAGGGCGCGGCUCUCACCGGAGAAGGUGUGAGCUUCUCCCCAGAGCAACAUGUCGCCUCUUCUGCAGACGCCUGAGUGUUAAGAUCCUGGGAGAGAGGAUUCAACCACUGCAGCUGCAGGAUCUGAAUGUGGGCGAGUUCUCUCUGACCGACUGUGACAAGAUGAUGCACUUCCUGUUGCUGUUCAGUCGGCAGGGGAAGCUGCGACUGCAGAAAUGGUUCACGCCCGUAACGGACCGGGAGAAGAAGAAAGUGAUUCGGGACAUGACUGCGAUGGUGUUGGCGCGUCCAGCACGUUCCAGCAACUUCCUCCAAUGGAGGGACCUAAAGAUUGUCUACAAGAGGUACGCCAGCUUGUAUUUCUGCACCGGACUGGAGGACCAGGACAAUGAGCUGCUGGCCCUCGAAGUGCUGCACAGAUAUGUUGAGUUGUUGGAUAAAUACUUUGGGAACGUGUGUGAGUUGGACAUCAUUUUCAACUUUGAGAAGGCCUACUUCAUCCUGGACGAGUUCCUGAUGGGAGGAGAAAUCUUAGAAACGUCUAAAGAAGUCGUGGGCGUCUCCAUGGAGGCGGGAGACAUACUCCAAGAGGUGCAGCGUGAGCGUCAGUCAGUGUAGCUUUUGUUAUUACUCACAUGAAACUUGUUCAUGCUCCUCUCCUCUCAUCACAGACGAUGGAGGAAUACAUGAGCAAACCUGCCUACUGAGCCGCAACCAGAUGAGGAUUUCAGCACUUGAACCCAAAAGUUUAUUGCACUGGAAUAUUCAUUCAUUCAUUCAUAUUUUAAUUUAGUGAGCAAUAACGAUUUUUUUUUUUUAAAGAAUUGUAAUAAAGUGCCUUCAAACCUCACAUUCAUUAACAUCAGGGUUUAUGACAGCAGAUAUAUGUUUUUAAAUGUUUGUUUUAUAAUUCUGAAAUAUUUCAAUAUGUCUUCGCAGCUGCUGUAAGACAUGGAAGGCAGGGCAUAUUUAUUUUUCAUAUCUGUGUUCAAAUGAAGAAACACGACACGGUAGGGAAAAAAUAAAGUCAAUGCUUUAUUAACCUCAGGUAUGUCACAUAUGAAAUAUAAAAAAAGAAAAGAAAAACAAUUAAAUCUAAGGGAUGCAACACUGACUUUUGGUGUGUGUGUGUGUGUGUGUGUGUGUUUGUACAUGCGUGCGUGCUUUGAAAUGUAAGGCUGGUGAGAGUCACAUGUACUGGUUGUUUAGUGCUGUUGAGAGCAACAUUAAAAGAAAAAAGAAUCAAAUAAAUGAUGAAUGUCUUGAACACUCA